UACUGUACAGCGGCUGAAUCCCCUUGAAGCAGCGUUAUCAGGAGUCGCCAUGAGACUGGUUCUUCCUAACCCGGGACUGGAUCUGCGGAUCCCCAACUUUAAGGAUCUGGAGAGAAUGGAGGAGGAAGGCGCCAGUGACAGGCCCAAGUGGGACAACAAAGCUCAGUACAUCCUGACCUGCGUGGGCUUCUGCAUUGGGAUCGGCAACGUGUGGAGAUUUCCUUACUUGUGUCAAAGUCAUGGAGGGGGUGCCUUCCUGAUACCGUACCUCAUUCUGCUGGUGCUGGAGGGAAUGCCGCUCCUGCUGCUGGAGUUCGCCAUCGGCCAGCGUCUGAGGAAAGGCAGUGUGGGAGUGUGGAGGUCCAUCAGCCCUUAUCUGACUGGUAUUGGUGUCGCCUCCAUGCUGGUGUCCUUCUUGGUUGGACUGUACUACAACACUUUAAUAGCCUGGAUCCUAUGGUAUCUCUUCAAUUCCUUCCAAAGCCCGCUGCCUUGGACCCAGUGUCCUCUCAACGACAACAGGACAGAAUUUGUAUCCGAGUGUCAAGAGAGCUCCACUGUGGACUACUACUUUUAUCGAGUGACUCUGAACACUACAACCUCUAUCGAUGACUCAGGAGGAAUUCACUGGCCCAUGGUAGUCUGCCUGUUCGCUGCCUGGACGUUCAUCUGUAUCUGCUACAUACGGGGGAUCGGCACAUCAGGCAAGGCAGUGUACGUCACUGCCAUCCUGCCGUACAUAGUGCUGGCUAUCUUCCUGGUCCGUGGACUGACUCUCAAAGGAGCCCUGAGCGGAAUUAAGUUCCUCUUCACGCCAGACGUUAAUGAGCUGAUGAACCCGACGACAUGGCUGGAUGCAGGUGCCCAGGUCUUUUACGCCUUCAGUAUAGCGUGGGGAGGCCUCAUCUCCUUCUCAAGCUACAACCCUAUUCACAACAACUGCAUGCACGAUGCCGUGAUCCUGACAGUUAUAACUGGUGCGACCUCAAUCUACGCUGCCGCGGUCACCUACACCAUCAUCGGCUUCAGGGCCACUGAGAGAUACGACAACUGUAUCAGUAAAAACAUCAUGACAUUUUUAAACGUAUUCAAUCUUCCUGAGGACAACAUCACUGAAAGCAACUACGAGGCAUCGUUUCUUCACCUCAACAGCUCCUAUCCUGACGUUGUUCUUGGACUGGACAUCAAAACGUGUGACAUGCAGACGCUUCUCAGUGAGGGAGUGGAGGGAACAGGUCUGGCCUUUAUUGUGUUCACAGAGGCCAUCACCAAGAUGCCUGGUUCCCCCAUCUGGUCUGUCCUCUUUUUCGUCAUGCUCCUCUGCCUGGGGAUCUCAACCCUGUUUGGCAACAUUGAAGGAGUUGUGGUCCCCUUAAAGGACCUGCAUAUGCUUCCUCAAAAUUGGCCCCAAGAAGCCCUCACUGGAAUAACAUGUUUUGUCGCCUUCAUCAUCUCGCUCCUGUUUGCGCAGAAUUCAGGGUUUUACUGGGUAACGCUCUUCGACAAUUUUGCUGGAUCAGUUCCACUUCUGACUAUUGGAUUGUUUGAGUUGAUCGCUGUGGUUCACAUCUAUGGCAUAGACAGGUUCAAUGAGGACGUGGAGUUCAUGAUCGGACACAAGCCCGGCAUCUUCUGGCAGGUGUCAUGGAGGUUCAUAAGUCCUGUUAUCAUCCUGGUGAUCUUGGUUUUCUACCUGGUGAUCCAAGCUCAAGAGGAACUCACCUAUUUGGUCUGGGACCCAAAUUAUAAGGAGUUUCCAGCUCUGGAAUCAGUGCCGUAUCCUUCCUGGAUCAAUGCAGCCAUAUUUCUCUUGGCAGGAGUCCCCAGUCUGAUGGUGCCCGUGUAUGCAAUAUGCAGGUUGGUGUUUGUUCGUUGUAGAAAAAACACUGCUUCCUGA